GCGACUUUCGAAAGAUUGGCGCGCUAAUAAUUAGCAACAAAAUGGAUCAGCCAGCUUUGCAUCGACGCGGCGUCACUCGCAGCCGAUUUGGCGAUAAUGCUAGAAUUAACUUGGGUGAUAUCCAUUACCACUUGCCCCACCCAGCGGCCCGCGCCGAAGUCAUCCGCGUCAUCCCAUAUCCCCGCAAUGAGGACCUGGUCCAUCGUCGAGAUCUCAUCGACAGACUACAUAAGCUUUUGCCACCGACGGCGGGAUCCUGUUGUGCCGCGCUUUGGGGCCUAGGAGGAUCAGGCAAGACACAGAUCGCGCUAGACUACGCAUAUCGACGAUGUGACGCCGACGAUGACUGCUGCGUAUUUUGGGUGCACGCCGACAGCGAAGCGACAUUUCUGGCCGAUUAUAAGACGAUUGGCAAGAAGCUCGGGGUCGAUGAGCGGCUUGACGGGAGAGAUCUGCUAGAUGCGGUAUGCAACGAGAUCGAAGCUCGACCCAAAUGGUUGAUGAUCCUCGAUAACGCCGAUAACCUGAGGUUGUUUGGAGUGGGUCAAACGAAAGGGGAAGGGAUGGACGAGAACCUACAUAAAUACGUGCCUUGCAUGUCACAAGGGACGGUGCUGUGGACGAGUCGAGACGCCCAUAUUGUAGGCACGCUUGUUGGAGCGCGUCGUGGUAUCGAGGUGCGGUCGAUGGCCGUAGGUGAGGCAACAACACUUCUCGCAAGGGUCCGAGAUGAGCCUUUAACUGCGGAAGAGGCAGUGGAGGAGGCAGGAGUGAAUGCUCUUCUGCAAGAGCUGCAAUGCCUCCCACUGGCGAUCUCACAAGCCGGCGCAUACAUGCGGCGGAUGUCGAUGACAGCCGAGCAGUACCUGGAUCUCCUCGGACAAGGCAAGACUCGAUGGGAGGUGCUAAAGGUGAGCAAUUCUGACCGACAUCGACGACCGGAGGUAUCGAAUAGUGUGCUUGAGACAUGGAGGAUCUCGACAGAGCGGAUUCGAACAGAGAGCCAGAUAUCGUACCAGAUACUCCAUGUGGUUGCAUAUGUGGAUAGUCAAGAUAUACCGCAAGAGUUGAUGGUGGCGGCUGGUCGAUAUGAUGCCGGCUCUGUCGGUUCUGUUGGCUCUCAAGACUCAACCAGACAAGUCUCGGAGCUUGAGGUCCUGGAAGCCAUCACACGACUAAGAGAGUUUUCUUUUCUCGGCUUGCGUCAGACAGAUGAUGGUGGCCGAAGGUACGAGAUGCAUAAGCUCAUGCAAGAGGCUAUACGAUAUGGGCUGAGGGUGAGAGGCUCUGUAGUGCCAACCAUUGGCAAUGCAUUAAAGCUAGAUAAGGGGCCAAAAGAGGACGAGGGAUACUACUAUAGCAAGGCGCUGCAGGUAGUGGACGACCUCUUCCCGUCAUCAGAACCUGCUACAUGGGUACAAUGCAAGGAGUACCUGACACAUGCUAUUCGAGUAGGUGAGUGGGCGGAGGUAGGCGGGGCAGGGGCCAAGACGGCAACUCUGCUUCAAAGAGUAUCGCGCUUUCUGCACGAUCGAGGGCGAUGGAGAGAGAAGGAGCCGGUAGACAGCCGGACAUGGGGUCUCCGACAAGCGGUGUUCGGAGAGAAGCAUCCGGAUACGAUUAACAGCAUGGCGUCUCUUGCAGCGACGUACCAUGAGCAGGGCCGAUAUGGCAAGGCCGAGCCAAUAAAAGCAAAAGCAUUACAGUUCCGAUGGGAAGUUCUUGGAAAGAAGCAUCCGGAUACCAUGCAGAGUAUGGCGGAUCUUGCAGAUACAUACUAUUCACAAGGUCGAUACGAUGAGGCUGAGAGGUUGACAAAUGAAGCACUAGAACUCCGACGAGAGGUGCUUGGGGAGAAACAUCCAGAUACGAUCAGCAGCAUGGCAGACCUCGCGGCGACGUGCCAUGCGCAGGGCCGAUAUGCCGAGGCCCAGAUAUUUAUGGGUGAAACACUGGCCCUCCGGCGAGAGGUGCUUGGAGAGAAGCAUCCUAAUACGAUCAGCAGCAUGGCGGAACUCGCGGCAGCGUACCAUACCCAGGGCCGAUAUGCCGAGGCCGAGAUAUUUAUGGAUGAAGCACUAGCCCUCCGGCGAGAGGUGCUUGGGGAGAAACAUCCUGAUGCGAUCUGGAGUAUGGCGGAACUCGCGGCAGCGUACCAUACCCAGGGCCGAUAUGAUGAGGCUGAAAGACUGAGGGACGAGGCACUGGAACUCCGACGAGAGGUGCUUGGGGGGGAGCAUCCAGAUACGAUCUGGAGUAUGGCGGACCUCGCGACGACAUACCAUGCCCAGCACCGUUAUGAUGAAGCCGAAGGCAUCUACCAAGAAGUAUUAGAUCUCCGACGAGAGGUGCUUGGGGGAAGGCAUCCAGACACGAUUUGGACCAUGGCAGACCUCUCGAUGACAUACCAUGAGCAGGGCCGAUAUGACGAAGCUGAGAAGCUGAAAGACAAAGCACUAGAACUCCGACGACAGGUGCUUGGGGAGAAGCAUCCAGAUACGAUCAGCAGCAUGGCGUCACUCGCCACGACGUACCAUAACCAGGGCCGGUAUAACACAGCCUUAGAGCUUCAUCAAACCGCCCUAGAUCUUCGUCGCAACACACUGGGAGCAACUCAUCCGGAUACAAUGCAGAGCGUGGCAUACCUCGCCUCGACACAGGAUGCGAUACAACAACCACCGUCUCUUGCGGAGUCGGUCCAGCCUUUAGCAGUUAAGCCAGUCAAGAAUUGAAGGGAGAGUAGAAGCCGCGGCGCAGGUCGUUAUGGGAGGUUACAUAAGAAGGCCCAUGGCCUCUGUGAACCGAGGUCCACGAGAAGUAGGGGCCUUGAUCAGUUUCUGCUUCUAUCUAAUGCUAUUUGUUACAGCCUAUGUUACGAACUACUGAUACAGUAUGGCGCCACGUAGUCCAGGACGAGUAAUUAGUUCGCUUGUUAGAUGCAAUUCAUUAAUGUACUGUAGUAUUAUAGGAAACGUGUUGAUGAGUGUGAUUGGAUACAAACUAUGGCUAAGACCAGAUACUGUAUAAAGACAAUUGAGACUGG